AUGAAGGCACCCGCAGCUCUCCUGCUGGCCCUGCUGCUUUGUGGGCAGCCAGGCACCGGGCGGGCGCAGGACGAGGAGGAGGAGGAGCACGCGGACGUCGGCCCGGAGGGCUAUGAUGACGACGAUGACGAGGAGGGGCAGGAGGCCAGUUCCUCUUGCCUCCCAGGGCUACUGCAGUGUUAUGCCUGCCAGUCCCUGUACAGGGGGGAGCACUGCAAGCAAGUUCAGAACUGCGUCCACGGCCACAGCUUCUGCAAAGCCAUCAUGUCCCACGGGAACACGGAGUCGGGUCCUCUGACCACCUACUCUGCAUGGUGUGCAGACACGUGUCAGCCCAUCACCAAGACACUGGAGGGGACCCUGAUGACCCUGACCUGCUGCCAGUCCACCCUCUGCAACAUCCCACCCUGGCAGGAGCCCCCAGGCAGCGGAGCCGGUAGCCCCCAGGGCAGCCCCACGAUGGUGGCCGCCACUCUCCUGCUCAGCCUCCUUCCCGGCCUUCAGGCCAUGGGGUCCUGA